UUUCUCCCCUCUGGGUCUCUACUCCCAGCCUGGCACUACCUCAAGAGUGCCAUUACCAUCCCAGCGGCAGUAGCAUCAGCAAGGCCACACCUCCACUCAGAGAAAGAGGAGAAGGAGAGAGAAAAGCGUUAUUCGAUUUUUACCCGAAGGUGUGGUAGACAGCAGUGUGGUGGUGGACGAUGACGGUGUACGGUGUGUGGCUGGUGAUGGUGGCUGCUGUGAUGGUGAACGCCACACCAUCACGCCACCAUAGCCAACAAGCAGACGACCCUAACUCCUACAAUGCCAUUGGCGAUCUGACUGAGACCCUGAACCAACUCUCCCGUUCUGACAAAGAAAUGAAUGAGCAGCUGAGUCAAAGUCUUGCGUCUAUCUUGACCACACAGACCAGACUACAGGAGUUGCUGGAGGGAGGACCCGCCUACACUUCAACAAAUGACGGUACUUCCUCCACCAUGCCUGAGGAGUCGGCAGUGUCAAAUGGCUCCAGCAUGGCCCUCUUCACCCUCCAGGUCGUGAACGCCAUAAAACACCACAUGAACCACUCAGGUAACAACACACAAAUGGUUGAGAUUACUACAGAACUCAAGACCCUUAACGCUAUGAUGAAACGCUAUCUUCCCUUGCUGGUGUGCUCCCCGCCCUUCGUGCAGGUGGGCAGUGACUGUAUCUCAGUGAUCUUGGUGGAUGCGUCCUGGGAAGCAAAUCGUCAAAAGUGUCUUAGUAUGGGUGCUGACCUCGCCCAGCCUGAUGACCUGACACUCCUCCGGCACUACGUUGGCACCCGUUACCCACGUAAGAAUCAUCGCAACUUCUGGAUUGGAGGCGUGAACCGUGAGAAAGUGUGGCAGUGGCUUUCUGGUGAUCUCAUUAAUCCCAACGACUGGCACACCAACGAACCUUCGGGCAAUGGUCAAUGUGUGGGUUUGUUUGACGGCUGGGAGCAUCCGCUUACUGACUUCCCGUGUGAGAACGAGAGGCGAGCCAUCUGUGAGCGUCCGAUGAGCAAGUUGUAGUUACCACUCGAUUUAUUGUGUAUUAUUGGAGAAGCGCCAUCUGGUGAGCACCCAGCCACCCACUAGGUUCAACUCACCCUCCUAUCAAUACACACUGAGGACUCAUACAGACAACACACUGAUGACUCCUACAGGAAACACACUGAGUUCUCCUACAGGAAACACACUGAGUUCUCCUACAGGAAACACACUGAGUUCUCCUACAGGAAACACACUGAUGACUCCUACAGGAAACACACUGAGGACUCCUACACGCAACACACUGAUGACUCCUACACCCACCAAACUAUCAACAUCAUGGUGGCGACAAAUAACUAACAUAAGCCAAGAAACUGGUACAAUGUUAUCUACUUAAUCUGAUUUAGUCAUUUGUCUUCAGUUUUCAGUGAAGCGUGUGUGUCAGUCUAGGCUAUACAGUACUCAGAGAUCGAUCAGUGUGUUGACUCUUAUACUAACUGGAAGUAUCAACACCUGUGCUAUCUUUAGCUAAUAUUAAUGUAUGUCUCAAGGGACACACCUGUGAAGAAAAUCAAUAGAUAAAAUAUCAUCAA